CCCCGAGCCCCGCCCGGAGGCGGCCGCGCGAACUGCAGACGGAGCAGACGAGAGGCGCGGGGCUGCCGGCGAGCGCCCCCCGUCCCCCGAGCCCCGAGCGCCAUGGUGGGCGCGCGGCUAGUCCGCAGCUCCGCGGCCGCCGGCUAACGGGCGGGGCGGCCACCGCUGCCUCACUCUGUCCCUCCGCGUGCGGGGCCUCCGAGCCGCCGUGGGGAGGAUGAGUCCCUGGGGCUGGUUCCUGCUGCAGACCCUCUGCCUUCUGCCCACGGGCGCAGCCCCGCGGCGCGGCGCGCCUGCCUCAGCCAACUGCGAGCUCAAGCCCCAGCAGAGUGAAUUGAAUUCCUUUUUGUGGACCAUAAAGCGAGAUCCGCCAUCUUACUUCUUUGGCACGAUCCACGUUCCAUACACCCGGGUUUGGGACUUUAUCCCGGACAACUCCAAGGAGGCUUUUCAGCAGAGCAGCAUUGUGUACUUUGAGCUGGACCUCACGGACCCCUACACUAUCUCGGCCCUCACCAGCUGUCAGAUGCUGCCGCACGGCGAGAACCUCCAGGACGUGCUCCCCAGGGACAUCUACUGCCGCCUCAAGCGCCACCUAGAGUACGUCAAGCUCAUGAUGCCCUCGUGGAUGACCCCAGACCAGCGUGGCAAGGGGCUCUAUGCGGACUACCUCUUCAACGCCAUCGCGGGGAACUGGGAGCGGAAGAGGCCCGUCUGGGUGAUGCUCAUGGUCAACUCCCUGACCGAAGUGGACAUUAAGUCCCGUGGGGUGCCUGUCUUAGACCUGUACCUUGCCCAGGAGGCUGAGCGGCUGAGGAAACAGACUGGGGCUGUGGAAAAGGUGGAAGAGCAGUGCCAUCCACUGAAUGGGCUGAACUUUUCACAGGUCAUCUUUGCUUUGAACCAGACCCUCCUGCAGCAGGAGAGCCUUCGAGCAGGCAGCCUUCAGAUCCCCUACACGACAGAGGAUCUCAUCAAACACUAUAACUGUGGGGACCUCAGCUCCGUCAUCUUCAGCCAUGACAGCUCCCAGGUUCCCAAUUUUAUUAACGCCACGCUGCCACCGCAGGAGCGCGUCACCGCCCAGGAGAUUGACAGCUACUUCCGCCAGGAGCUCAUCUACAAGCGGAAUGAGAGAAUGGGGAAGCGGGUGAAGGCCCUUUUGGAAGAGUUCCCGGACAAAGGCUUUUUCUUUGCCUUUGGAGCUGAUAACAUUCACAGGUUUCAGGGAUUAGGAUGCAGAUGUAUUUGGGGGACCAUUACCACAACAUCUGAAAAUCAAUUAAUAUAACCCCCCAUAUUAGUAGAACUCAAGGACAAGCGCCACACGAUGCUCUCAACAGACAUAGAAAAAGCAAACAAUAAAGUGCAACAUUCUUUCAUGGUGAACAUACUCAUCAAACGAAGGCUACAAGGGAACUUACUUCAUCAGCCUGUUGAAGGGUCACUUUAACAUAUUAAAUGACGAAAGAUGAAAUGCUUUCCCCCUAGGAUGAGGAACAGGACAAAGAUGGCUGCUCUCACCACUUCUCUUCAACAGUGUGUGAAGGUUCUAGCCAGGAAAGUUAGGAAAAGGAAUAAAAGACAUUCACAUUGGAAAGGAGGAAGUAAAACUAUCUCUUUUCUCAGAUGACAUGGUCUUGUGUAUAGAAAAUCCUAGGUAACCGACCAAAAAACUCUUAGAACUAAAAACCCAGGGUACAAGGAGGCAAGAUAGAAGAUCAGUACACAAAAGUCCGUUGUGUUUCCAUACUCUAGCAAUGAAUAAUUUGAAAAUGAAACUAAGAAACUAGUUCCGUUUAAAAGCGUAAAAAAAUACCUAGUACGAGAUGUAUCAAGACGUACAACGGAAAACUGAAAUCAUCAGAGGGAAUUAAAGAAGACCUAGAUAAAUGGAAAGACAUAUGGUCAUGAAUUGGAAGGCUUGAACAGUGUUAAAAUGACAAUAUUCUCCCCUGUUGAUCUAGACAUUCAAUGUAACGGUCAUCAAAAUCUCAGCUGAUGAAAAUGCUUCAAAAUUAGGUAGAGGUGAUGGUGGCACAACUUUGGGAAUAUUCCCCAAAUCACUGAAUUGUGCACUUGAAAAGGAUGAAUUUUAGGGGUGCCUGGCUGGCUCAGUCUGCAGAACAUGUGACUCUUGAUCUCAGGGUUGUGAGUUUGAGCCCAUGUUGGGUGGAGAGAUCAUUAAAAAAAAUAAUAAGCUUUAAAAAAAGGAUGUUUUUAUGUUGUAGAAAAAAUGAGAGUUUGGGCUCCUACACCUUGUUCACAAAUGAACAGUUUCUGCCUUUGGUGCUCGGUCCUCUGUGAGUUGUGUGAGUGGUUUUCCUCUUCUCCAGGUCUCACAUUCCAUAUUUGGGUUGUGCACAGUGCUGUGUGGCCCAGUGCCCAUGUCUGGCCUGUCUCAGCAAAGCUGUUAGCUCUGGUUCUGCAGCACCCCGAAAGGGGUUAGGUACCAGAAGCCCCCCGUGGCACCUGGUAGGGGUGAUGGUGGCCCUCUGUUAGAACACAGAGCUGGUGCUCGCUUCGGCAGCAUAUAUACUAAGACACCGAGCUGGUGGCUUGGUCCUGGCGGCUGUGUCGGGUCCUCCAGGAUGGAAGGUACCAGCCCCUGAGCGUGGGCUUUGGCCUUCCACCCCUGCGAGACUCAGUUGAUCUCUCAAAAGCUUCCCUGACGUCCGGUGGCGGGAUGGCGGGGCACUGGGUGCAGGGGAAGGGUGGAUGCUUUGAGAUGACAGUGGCCUACUGUGUGGCACGAGGCUGGGCAGCGGGUUGGCUGGCGGCCAGAUGGCAGGUUGAUCUGAGCAGCUGGGAGGGCAGGCCCUCCAGAUGGCGACUGCUGGACCGAUGGCCCAGGUGAGAUGUAGCACCUGGGCUCGCCUGAUUCUCCGGGCACAGCUCAUCAUAUUGCCGCAGCACUGGGCAGAGGCCUCACAGCUGGGUGCUUUGGGGGCCAGGGGUGCCCUGGACAGUCACCAGUGCCAAGUUCUCUUCCUGGCGCUGCUUUCUCCACCGCAGGAAUCCAUUUCUCUCUGAAGGCUGUGUUGACCAGAGGGAACCACAGAAAUUGCUCCCAACACUUAGCCUUACCGGUUAAAAAAUUUUAAAGUCUGUGGUUAGCAAACUUUUAAUUGCAAAGCGAAGGUAACCAAAAACUAAAAGCUGCAGAGUUUCUUUAAUUUUUUUUUUUAACGUUUAUUUAUCUUUGAGACAGAGAGAGAGAGAGCAUGAACGGGGGAGGGGCAGAGAGAGAGAGAGGGAGACACAGAAUCCGAAGCAGGCUCCAGGCUCUGAGCCAUCAGCCCAGAGCCCGACGUGGGGCUCAAACUCACGGACCGCGAGAUCGUGACCUGAGUUGAAGUCGGACGCUUAACCGACUGAGCCACCCAGGCGCCCCAAAGCUGCAGAGUUUCAAAUCAAACAACAACUUUCAUUGUGGGGGUCUGGAGAGAAAAUUUAGAGAUGAGAAAUGGAGCUCACCUUUGUGGCAGGAAAAGUCGGUCAAACAGAAUAGCUUGGUUCCGUGCUGAGAAAGCACUGGUAAUAGGGGCAGUUUGUUCACUUGACAGAUACGGUUUUUAUUCUGAAUUGCUUGAGAGGGUGGACUCUGGAGCCAGACCACUUGGGUUUGAGAUGCCAUCUGCUUCAUCUCUCUGUGCCUCUUGCUCACCUGUAAAAUGGAGACAAUAAUACGCCCACCUUAUAGGGCUGUUGGCAGGGGCAGGGAGGGGGCGGGGGCUGUCAAAUGAUGUGUAAAGCAUUGUGCCUGGUAAUGCUCAAUGACUGUUGGCUACUUUAUUUUUGUGAUCACGCCCUGCUGUGUGGGCUUGGUAAUGGCUGGGGGAGUGAGGGUUGCUGCAGCACUCUGUAGGCUCAGUAGCGCCCCCCCCCCCCCCCCCCCCCGCCGCCCUCACCCCCAGUCCAGGCAACAUCUGUGCAUGAGUUAAUUGCACUUGUGCACCAGGGCUAAUCUGGGCCUUGCCAACGUCCCUUUCAUCUGAGCCAGUUGCCCCUCAGCAAUCUUGGGGUCACAGACUCUACAGUUGAACCCAAGAAUGUGGUAGAGCCCAGUACCUUCCGCCAGUCACCGCCCUCGGGCUCGCCAGGCUCUCAGAGGCUGACCCAGG